AUGGCUUCCUCCUCGAGUAAUGUUGUUGGUGUGCAUUAUAGAGUAGGAAAGAAGAUUGGCGAAGGCUCGUUUGGCGUCAUCUUCGAGGGCACCAAUCUCCUGAAUAACCAGCAGGUGGCCAUCAAAUUCGAACCUCGCAAGAGCGAUGCUCCUCAACUGCGAGAUGAGUACAGAACAUACAAGAUUCUCGUUGGGUGCCCCGGCAUCCCUAACGUCUACUACUUCGGUCAGGAAGGUCUGCAUAACAUUCUUGUCAUUGACCUUCUUGGACUCUCGCUCGAGGAUCUUUUCGACCACUGUGGUCGCAGGUUUACCAUAAAGACGGUAGUCAUGGUAGCGAAGCAAAUGCUCUCGAGAGUGCAAACCAUCCAUGAGAAGAACCUGAUAUACCGCGAUAUCAAGCCUGACAACUUCCUGAUUGGUCGUCCCGGUACCAAGGCGGCCAACGUUAUUCACGUCGUCGACUUUGGCAUGGCGAAACAGUACCGCGAUCCCAAAACUAAGCAGCACAUUCCGUACCGCGAGCGCAAGUCCCUAUCAGGCACGGCCCGCUACAUGAGUAUCAACACUCACCUUGGUCGGGAACAGUCGCGUCGUGACGACCUCGAGGCCCUGGGUCACGUCUUCAUGUACUUCCUCCGAGGUGGUCUGCCCUGGCAAGGUCUCAAGGCUGCCACCAACAAGCAGAAGUACGAGAAGAUUGGCGAGAAGAAGCAAACUACUGCGAUCAGGGAUCUGUGUGAGGGCUUCCCGGAAGAGUUCAACAAAUACCUCACCUACGUGCGCAAUCUCGGCUUCGAGGACACGCCAGACUACGACUAUCUCAGGGAACUCUUCACACAAGCCCUCAAGAAUUCGGGCGAAGUUGAGGACGGUGAGUACGAUUGGAUGAAGAUCACCAAGGAUUCGGGGAAGGGUUGGGACAGUGGCAGCAAGGGGCACACGGCCUAUCUGCACAACCCAAAUGCGCGACCGGGCCCGUCGCAGAUGGAGCUGCACAGCAGCAAUCGCGGGGCCAAUGCUGCGGCACUUGCCCAAGGACAGAACCUGACCGUGAGCCGUUUAAACGCCGCGCAACCCCCGCCUCCGUCGCCGAUCAAGCAGAUGAACAAAGGUCGGCCAAACGCCCCCGGCGCUCUGGGCGCCCAGCGGGUAAGCGGAGCCGGGGGUCUUCGGGAUAUGGCGACGCCUACGGCCUCCACCCAAGCCCAAUUCCAGAACAGCAACCGGAACCUUCCACAGACGACGCCCCAGCAGAGCCCCAUGAACCAACCUGGCCAGCUCAACGGCCGUCCCACUGAACCCCAGCCCACGGGGUUCCAGAAGUUCAUGAAGGUGCUUUGCUGCGGUAAGUAG